AUGGACACGGACGAUAAGGAGAUCGACUUGGAGCACCUACACCGGCGCGUUAACAGCCUGUGCACCGAGGACGACAGCCCCCACAAGCAGUUCUCCACCUCUUCCGUCGACCUAACCCCUCUCGACAUGGAUGCCCUGCCAGCUGCGCGACAGGCCCUGGAGCAGAUCAGCGACUUCCGCAACACCCACAUCACCACCACCACCUUCAUCCCCGAACAGAUCCAGACCCUGAGCCGCAGCCUCUCCGCCAAAGCCGCUGCCGGGUUCUCCGCUGGUUUCGGGGGCAGUGGCGUCGGAGGUGGCGGAGGUGGACUGCAGGAUCAUCGGACUGGGCCGUUCAGGCAGAGGGCGCCAAACGGUGGCUUCUUCAGGAGUCCUAUCAAAACAAUGUCCUCCAUUCCCUACCAGCCAACUGGCCCCGGACCCAACUUUGGAUAUGGCAAUGAUCCGGAUAGGGGCACCUCCAUUUGA